ACAAAACAAAAAAACGGUGAGGAGGGAGCGUCGUACAGAAGACCAACUUCCCCUCUGUUUGCAAACAAGAGGAAGACUUUGAAGAGAGAAUGUUCAGUGUCAGGCUGGCCUACAUUUUCUGUUAUAACCUGUUCCAGUUCUGCGGACACACGUGGUUACUGACCAACACGGUCGUCAGGUUUCUCACCUUCGGGCAAGAUGCUCUAGCAGACACGUUUCACUCAGUCGCUUUUGUCAUGAGUCUCUGCCAGCUGCUUUCCGUCUUGGAGCUUUUCCACAUCGCCGACGGGAUUGAGAAGGCCAGACUGCUUCCACGCCUCAUCCAAGUUUUAGAGAAAAACCUCCUCUUGCUCAUGCUCAUCCUGGUGGACAAGGUUCAGAGCAAACCGGUAGUGUGCGUGCAGCUCUUCUUCUGGAACAUGCUGGACUUGCUGAGGUACCCCUAUGAAGUGAUGCGCGUGAUGGACGCCCUCUCCGCACCCAUGGUCUGGGCCCGUUACACUCUGUGGAUCCCCAUUUACGCCCUGUCUGUCCUCACAGAAGGGUUCACUAUAUGCCAUGCUGCGCAUUUCAUAGAGCAAGAAGCGUCUAGCUUGGGGAAUACCACAGCCUCUGCGCCCAUUCGCCGCCCGAUCAUUCUCGCGGUCUCGCUGUCUCUCCUUGCUUCAGGAGCGUCGCUCACAGUGUGGCUGUCACUGAAGGAGAGACGACAUCAGCUGGAGAGGUGGGCCAAGAAGAUGAAGAGGAAAUAACCGAAGAAUAACAAUAAUUUAAAAAAAAAAAAGGUUCUGGGUUCUGAUUUUUUUUUUUAACAAAAUAGUUUACUAAUAUUUUUACAAAUGAUUUAACGAGAGUGGGCUGAAUUGCCUUAAUAGUGAGGACAAAGAGAAUCCGAGUUGAUGGGACUUUAAAUUGAAUAUCAAGGAUGUGAAAUAAAUGCUGACCAGAGAC